AUGGGUAAAGAUCACGUCACCAAGCAGCACGUCAAGAGAUCCCAGAGAUCCGCUCCAAAGUCUGACAACGCCUACUUGAAGGUUUUGGUCAAGUUGUACACUUACCUUGCUCGUAUCUUUUAUACUAACAUUUCAGGUCGUACCGACGCUCCAUUCAACAAGGUUGUCUUGAGAUCUUUGUUCUUGUCUAAGAUCAACAGACCACCAGUGUCUCUUUCCAGAGUCAACAACACCUUGAAGCAGAAGGGUGCUGCUGACAAGACCGUUGUCGUUGUUGGUACCGUCACCGAUGACGUCAGAUUGUUGGAGGUUCCAAAGGCCACCGUUGCCGCUUUGAGAUUCACCGCCUCUGCCAAGGCUAGAAUCGUCAAGGCUGGUGGUGAGGCUAUCACCUUGGACCAGUUGGCUGUCAGAGCUCCAAAGGGCCAGAACACCGUCCUCCUCAGAGGUCCAAGAAACGCCAGAGAGGCCGUCAGACACUUCGGUUUCGGUCCUCACAAGAACAAGGCUCCAAGAAUCCAGUCUAAGGGUAGAAAGUUCGAGAGAGCCAGAGGUAGAAGAAGAUCUAGAGGUUUCAAGGUCUAA